GGGAAGACAUUGAGCUGGGAUGGCGUGGAGGUGACUUGCUGCUGCUGCUGCUUCUGCUGUUGGUGCCACCGCUCCUGCCGCUGCUGCCGCUGUUGCUGCUGUUGAUGCUCUUGACGCUGUUGCUGCUGCCACUGCUGCUGCUUUUGACGCUGCUGCUGCUCUUGACGCUGGCUGUCCGGCCGGUGACAUCGAGGUGGGUGCUGUCGGUGGGUGUUUGACGCCACGAGUGACGGCGGUCCGUUGCCGAGUCGGAGCGAGGAUCAGAGACGCGCGGAGACUCGGCAGGAGGAGAUCGCGAGGAGGAGGAGGAGGCCACCAUCAGCGAGCACGAAGGAGCGGAGCGAGUGAGCGAGCAACACCUCGAGCUGCACGGAGACGGACGACUCCGCGGGAGACUCCGCGGGAGACCGGCGACUUGCCUCGGGUGGCUCGGCACGGCUGCUGAGAACCGCGCUCACGCCGGACACCAACUAUCUGUCUCUCUCUGUGUGUGUGGUGGUGGUGCUGUUGUUGUGCGUCUUCUGCUACUACACGGACACAAGCAUCUACUUCCAACAACAGCAGCAGCAGCUGCAGCAGCAGCUGUAACGGCAACACCAAACAGCAGCCAAUCGCGUAAGGAACGAAGGGAAAUUUUGAGUCUCCCGGACAGUUCUGCGAACGAGAUCUGACCGAGGAGAUCGCGUUCGUUUCAGUUUGCGGAAGAUCGCCACCGCCGCCACCACCACCCACCACCAAGAACAACAACACGUCUUGCUGUUAAAGACCAAGCCAGGGUGGUAGCACCACCACCAACCACCACCAACCAACCACCACCAACCACCACCAUGAUGAACAAAACGGACUUGUUCCAGCAGGCAGUGCGCUCUGGCAACGCCAAGGAGCUUGAGAGGCUCUUGCUGACGAUGGGGGGAGGAGGAGGAGGCGGCGGCGGCGGCUGCUGCGACGAGUUCAACGUCAACUCGUUCGGCCCCGAGGGCCACACGGCGCUGCACCAAGCCGUCAUCGACGGCAACCUGGAGCUCGUCAAGCUGCUCGUGCGCUUCGGGGCCGACACGCGCCUCGCCAACCGCGACGGGUGGAGCGCCCUGCACAUGGCCGCGUUCGCGGGCCACCAGGACAUCGUCCUCUACCUCGUGGCGAACGCGCGAUGCCACUCGGCCAGGCCCUGACGAUGCCGCUGCUCCUCCUGACGAUGGUGGCGUGGCGCGGAACCGGGGACCCCCCCCACCGCCACCCCCGCCGCCACCCUCGCCACCGAACGGCAUCGGUGGACGAUUAUCUCCGAAACGGUGACGGGCGACUCGGCCUCAAAUGAGUACCCGGUGCGGUGUGGUAUGAACGUCGCCACUGGGGAGACAAAGGCGGCCGGGCGUGGUGCUGGCCAUCCACCCCCUCGUGUGCCGCGCCGGCCUUCAUAGGUGCUGCUCGCUAACAGCACUUGCCCCGACAGUCUGUUAAGGCUACACGGGGGAUCUUUGUCUUUGUUUUGGGUGUUCGGUGGCCCUACCUGAUGGUGGCCGUCCGUGAUUGGCAGCUGACCGAGCUGCUGCUGCUGCUGCUCGGCCUGAUGCUGCUGGUGGAACCCACGCUGGUGAAGAUCGUGGUGGUGGUGGUGGCAUUGGUCGUGAAGUGUUGACGGCGGUGGUGGUGGUGUGGAUGGGUCUGACUGGUUGUGAUGCUGUUGGUGAUUGAUAAUGAUGGAGGUGGUGGAGAUAAACGUGGGGACAGUUGUUAAGGUGUUGGUGGUGGCGCUGGUGACGAAUACGCAUGCCGUGGUUUUGACUGAAUGCAUGUGAUAGUGAGUUUUGUGGUGGUGGAGAAAACUGCAGCAGUUGUUGAUGGCGGUGAUGGUGUUGAAGUAGCGAAUGAUGGGCACGGCGGUGACAUUUGCAAGGAGGAUGAUGAUGAGGAUGAUGAUGAUGAGGAUGAUGAUGAUGAUGAUUGUGUUGAAGAUCGUGACUAGGGGAAGCUGCGGGAAUCAUUCACGAGGAGCUUUGUCGACAAGGCGGUGACUUUGCGAUGGUUCGUUUUUUCGUUUGAAACCUUGAACAUUUUUCGCACCGUACGUCGCCAACCGUGCUCAUCGCAGGUGCCCUUCUGAGCUGUGACGCGUGCUCCUCUCUCUCUCGCGCGCGUCGGUGCCGUGACCGCUGGGUCGGCAGGGUUGGGAGUCUCCCCACGAUGCUGCUGAUUGGAGCUCUUAAACAAAUAACAACGUGAGAGUGUAACGGCUGUCAAUACUGCUUUUUCGAAAUGAACAUUUUUAUUUUUUUUAUUCAUUUUGCUCACGGAUUUUGUCUCCUCCUCCUCCUUUGCCCACCACGACACCGAGCCGCAUGAGUCGCGCGACGCCGUGGCUCAAGGAGGCUUUGGCCAACAGAGUCGGGCACCACGAGGUGACUUGCUACCGCUACUACCGCGACUACCUCGCAUGUACAAUGUGAACGCCUGGGACAGGGAGACAGCGAGAGAGGGACACACACACACGAAGGGGACAUGUUGAACGAGCUCGGCAAGAUGGGACAUUACUCAGCACGUCCCUUCGAAAUGGUUAUAUGUCUGUGGGUGUGUUUGUGUGUCUGUGUGUGUGUGUCUGUGUGUGUGGGGAGCGGUGGUGUAGCGGUUAGCGCGCUGCGCUAUGAACCCAGCGACCCGGGUUCGAUUCAUGCUCACUGCCAAUACCAGUGACGAUUAUCUGAACCGGUCUUGGGCCUCCCCUAGGUCGACUCAGCCUCAAAUGAGUACCUGGUGCGGUGUGUAGAACAUCGUCACUGGGGAGACAAAGGCGGUCGGGCGUGGUGCUGGCCCCCCACCCCCUCGUGUACCGUUCCGGCCUUCAUCGGUGCAACUCGCUAACAGCACUUGCCCCUCCAGUCUGUUCAGGCUACAAGGGGGAUCUUUGUCUUGUGUGUGUGUGUACAUUGUACAUCAUUUCUCUUGGUGCUUGUGGUUGGGGGGGGGGUAAACAACUGCUGAGUGCUGGCUGGGAAGAGACGGGCCCCCAACACCACCACGAGGAGCGCCUCCUGGCGGGGUUUGCCCCCCCCCCCCCCGGAGCCCUCGGCGCGCGAGACGCGACGCGCUUCGUCUGUUCCGCCACUUUAGUCGAGACACUGCGGGCAGGUUGCGGUGACGACGCACACGCACACACGCGCACACACACGCAGACACACACACGCGCACACACACACACGCAGAUACACACACGCACACACACGCGCGCAAACACAAGCGCACACACACGCAGACGCACACACACGCAGACACACGCACGCACACACACACGCACGCGCACACACACACACACGCGCGCACGCACGCAUACGCGCGCACACACACACGCGCACACACACGCGCAGACACACACGCGCGCACACACGCGGUUAGCGCUACGCCACGCUACGAACCCGGCGACCCGAGUUCGAUUCCCGCUCACGGCCAACACCGGUGACGAUUAUCUGAACUGAUCGUGGGCCUCCGCUAGGUCGACUCAGCCUGAAAUGAGUACCUGGUGCGGUGUGUAAACAUCGCCACUGGGGAGACAAAGGCGACCGGGCGUGGUGCUGGCCACCCACACCCUCUUGUGCCGUGCCGGCCUUAAUGGGUGCUACUCGCUCACACCACUUGCCCCGACAGUCUGUCGAGGCUACACGGGGGGUGGAUCUUUGUCUUUGUGCGUGGUAGUGGUGGUUGUGAUUUUUAGGCCCUUUGCACGUUGAGCAAAGGGAAGGCUCAAAGUGCACCUAGCCUGGCACAAGCGCCUUACGUUGUAAGUAUCGCGGCGACACGAGGAUCGGGAGGGAGAGACGCGGCGCGUGGUUUGUGUUGAUAUUCAAUCGUGGCGCUGAUCCCGUCUCCGGAUUAUAAGACGGACUUCUUUCCCAAAUAUUUGAAAGCAAAAGUUGAGGUUGGGGGGGGGGGGCGGCGAUGUGCCUUCUAAUUGGGUAGGUGAAUGUGAGAGUGUUGAGUGCGGUGUGUAGUAGUACACAUUGCCACGAGGGAGACAAAGGCGGCCGGGGGUGGUGUUGGCCACCCACCCCCUCGUGUGCCGUUCCGGCUUCCAUAGGUGCUACUCGCUAACAGCACUUGCCCCUACAGUCUGUUAAGGCUAUACGGGGGGAUAUUUGUCUUUGUGUGUGUGGAGCGGUGGCGCAGUGGUUAGCGCGUUGCGCUUGGAACCCGGCCACCCGAGUUCGAUUCCCGCUCACGGCCAGCACCUUUGACGAUUAUCUAAACCGGUCCUGGCCCUCUCGUAGGUCGUCUCAGCCGCAAAUGAGUACCUUGUGUGGUGUAUAAACAUUGACACUAGGGAGACAAAGGCGGCCCGGGCGUGGUGCUGGCCACCCACCCCCUCGUGUGCCGUGCCGGCCUUCAUAGGUGCUAACAGCACUUGCCCCAACAGUGUGUGACGGCUACACGGGGGAUCUUUUGUCUUGUGGCUAGAUCGGUACAAUUUAACACGUCGGCUUUCACGACCAAUAUCAUCCAUAAUAGAGGUUUUUUUUUGGAGAUCUGUACAAGUUGAUUUGACACCGGUCACGCGUUCGGGGGCGGUAGACGGGGUAAGGGGGGGUCUUCCUUUCCGAAGCGUCUUAUAAUCCGCAGCAUGCGGUAUCUGGUACGAGGCCAGGGGAGCAAAGGGGGGGGGGGAGCGAUUUACAGAUGAGUUGUGAAAUGUCGCCCGUGCCCUGCGAAGUCAACGCCGACGCCGUUGAGUUGGGUCGAGUCGAGCGGCACCGCUGGAGCACUUUGUCACCACGCAGCGUGACAGCGCCUCGCUUCCACGCCGCGUCCCACGCCGCCCACGGCGGUGGUGGUUUCGUUGCUUGACGAGCUGCCCGGGAGCCUGGCCCGCAUGAGUUCGAUGUCCGGCCGCGGGUAAAACCAUCAGUGGCCAGCGAUGUCUGAACUGCGGUUCUGCUGGACCACCCCUCCCCCCCCCAAUUCUCCUUCUAUCCCCUCGCCCAGCCACCACAAGCCGUAGGGGGUCAGGGGGAAGAGCGAGGAAACAACACGAAGCCUUCCGGCUUUCCUCCUGCAGUGGACUUGUAAAGGGUCGUAAAUUAUUGCAGUCUAAUAAUAUUAAUUAGCGUGCGCGUGUUUCAAUUGAUCGGCGCAAAGAUCGAAACCUUCAUCUCGAAUUCAAGCGGUGUGCGGUUACAAUGCGAAGAAUCUGGUCAAGUGUUGUUAACAUCAAUUAGCUGGGGUCUUGUUUUAAGUACAACGUAAUAACUUGGGAAAUUCCCCCCCCCCCCCUCCUCACCAAAAAAAAACCUUAAGGUGCCACACCUCGUCAUAGCAACAUGUCUUGCGUGUGUGUGUUACUCACUACAACAUCGGGGGUGGUGUUAGGCCAGAUAAAGUUGAGCUGCUUGGCCACGUGCAGACGCCACUGGGUAGGCCUCUGCCAGCAGGUUGACAAAAAGGGCUGUGAAUGAUGAUGAUCAUGAUGAUGAUCAUCAUCAUCAUGUAAAAUACACGCCCGAAUGAAAUCCUCGAUAACGCAGGAGUGGCAUCAGCGCGCAGACAUUCUACAAUUUAAUACUCAUUUCUUCAGAACUGAUUGUGUUUUAGUUUGUUGUCAUUCCCCCGCACCUCCGAUCGGCGCGGUGGGCUGUGUAUGUGCCGUGCUCAUCCCGAGGUGCCGACUCGUACGUGGCCAACAUGCAUACGAGUUUCACAAUGCAAUGCAACACUUGAAUUGUAACCUCGCUCGCGCGUGGAACGGUCUUCCCUUGUUGUUACUCUGCCGCAAUUAACCACCGCGGGGUAACGCCGUGGGGUAACGCCGUCGGGUAACCCCGCGGGGUAACGCCGUGGGGUAACGCCACGGGGUAACUCCGCUUGGUAACGCCGCUGGCACCUCCCGGGCUCCUUGCGUGCGUCUGUGGCUCUCAUUCUGUCGCAAAAAAUCUCGUGCAGCCGCGUGGCCAUGAAAUAUUGCAAACCGUUUCUCAUUCCCGCGUGACAUCUGCGUGGAUUUUCAUGUUUUUGUUCAUUAGCAUUAUCGCGUGACGUUUUAGGGUAAAUUGGGAUUUUUAGGAAGCGGGUGUUUGUUGUCAUGUGAUGUGGCUUCGAUUCGACAUUAUUUACCGUUGGGUUAGAUCGCCAUGUAGUUAUCCCGUCGUGGUUUUUUUUUACGAUAACCCUCCACCACCCGACGAUGCAAAGCCAAUCAAAUCAGGUUUGUGAGCGCGUCAACGGGCAGGGAAUGUCAUCGGUUACCUACACGACGGACUAACCCGACAAAAAAUAAACCGAAUUACGUUUAGCAAUACCGGCAGCGAAAGGCUGCGUGUGCAAUGAAUACCCGCCUCUCGUGUGUGUGUGUGGUUUUUUUAAAUCGGUACAGAAAAUAAUAAACACGUGAACGUCGCAGAGUGAAUCAAAACAAGUCACGAUACGAAUGCAAAUGCCUGUGAAACGAUGUCCACCGUUGCCCAUUCAUUCGAAUAGAAUUGCACUGUUGAAAUAAAAUACUAAAAAAGAUGGGCAUUCUGACGGCUGGGAACCUCGGGGUGGAUGUGUGUGACAUUGACACUCUUCUUAAAUAACGGGGUGGUCAGUGGUCACAGUACUGAUGGUUUACAGAUUUCUCGGGUCGUUUCUGUGUACAAAUAAUGAUUUUUAAAAAAAGUUAUCUUGACCGUGUGACCGGGACAUUACUUGAAUGUCGACCUCGCUUAAUUUGCAAAUGAACCAAGGCCAUUGAAACUUUGGUGAUAUCGUAAAGGGUUGCGGAUUUUCUUUUUUAUUUGUUGUUAAAGAGAGGGGAUAUGUCUUGACUACGUACUGCUGCUGUGUAACCCUUCCCUCGAUGUGCGAGUUCAUUGCGUUGUUAAAGUGUGGUGUUGUGUUAAAAAAAAACUGUAAUUGUUUUAGUUUUGAUUUUGCAUUUGGUGGGGCGCGUGAUUCUAUGGGCAGACAAAUGCCCCUUGCAAUCCGGUGUCCCCCGUGAUGAUGAUGAUGAUAAUUGACGCGGCUGUGAGGUGUACGAUGAUGUCAUUAAAACGUUGUCUGUCGUCAAAAACAUAUGAGAUUAAAAUCAUAUGGGUUCCUU